AUGCCUCUAUACUUACUCGCACCGAAAGCCCUAGCCAGUGUUGGCUCGAAGGAUAAUGUAGGUGCUGUUAAGGGUUACCACGCUCUUCCUGUCGCCAUAAGGUUGAUCUGCCUCUCGAGAAAUAAACUGGAUUACAUGUAUGCCGGUCUACCGUUUGAGGACGAAAACUCGAAGAUACAUAUAGGCGAUAUUAUCCCUCAGAUGAGGAUGAUGACUAUCGAGCUGGAAUACGAGCCAUCGGUAAUGAAGAAUCACAACACACGCUUUGUAGGAAAGAUGUUUGCCGCCAAAAAGAGAUUCAACAACCGAAAUAACAAGCCAGAUGAUAUCCAGGACGAGGGGAUGGGUGGUCUAGAUUGGAAGGCUUUGCGACGUCUGUUUUGCUUGUCGUUCUCUCCUCUACUGGACAAGUUUGUUGAUAAGGCACAUGACGCAGAUACCCAGUCAAAGCAUAUUUCGGACUGGGCCGAACAAGACGACUGCGGGCCGCGUGGUACCUGGCACGUAAGUGUGAAAUUAUGUUAUCUAGUGCAAAUCAAGGACCAAGAGCACUUCUUUGAUUCCCCAUCUUCUAAUAAGCAGCCGCCCGGCAUCCUUAUUUUCGCGAUGUGGCUCCUGGUAUUAUGGAUGAAGGAAAUGUUUAUUGAUAUGCUGGGACUUCUGUACGUCGCUAUUAGGCCUACUAUGACUCCGAGCCAGUGGUCCCUGGCCGCCGACGAAUUCAAUGACCCGAAAAGUGAUGCUCGCAUCCUACUGUGCACGUACGGGUGCGGUACUGCCGGCUUGAAUCUUCAUGAGAGCUGUUCAGUAGAGGUGCAGAUGGAAGAAGCUAGGAAUAUGAACACAGAGAUACAGUCGGCCAGCCGUCUCAACAGGAUAGGCCAGCGCAAGCCACAGAAGGUCUACAUAUUAUAUCAGCACGCGACGAUCAGUACGUACGUACGCGACGUGAAUUUUCGGAAAGCCAAAGUCCAGGUUUCGGCCGCGCUACGUCCGGAGCUGCAGCCCUAG